AUGAAUCGCUUUGGUUAUGUAUGCAUUCUACUGGGUAUAAUUCUAUUUUUAUUAAUCGUUAUGUAUAUUUAUAAAGAAAGACAACCACAGCGGCAACCACAACCACAGCGACAACCACAGACACAAGUAAAACCAAAAUUCUCGCCCUCUGAAGUCUUAACAAUGAACUCUGAAACCAUUGAAAACUAUAAGUGGUGUGAUAUUUAUGCUGCAUUAAAGGAAAAAAACGAGGAUUGUCAAGAUGAAAAUAUCCUAAGAUUGCUUUAUUACGCAUCACUUAUUUUUAAAGAAGCUGCGAAAACUAAUGAAUCAAAUUAUUUUUAUUUUCUUAAUAAACAAGGAAAAAAAGUGCAACAAAGAUUUAAAUUUAGUGAAUUAUUUAAAGAAUGUCUCGAAAAAAGUCCCAUUACUGAAAGUGGACAAGGGAUUACAAGUGAUAUGUAUGAUUUUGGUGUUUUUUCAAAUGAUGAAGGUAAAUUUUUUAUAAUGUUGCUUUUUGGCAGAGACGUGCUCACCGAAUUUAAUACAUCUAAGUUUUCUGAAAUAUUUGAUAGAUUUAAAAAUUUAUUUGACGAAAAUGUUCAAAAACUUUUGUGUGAGAAGCGCAUACACCAACUAAAUUUUGAUAUAGGUUUUUCAUUCAUUGAUGUUCUAGGCGGGUACUUUGUAUACGAAAAGUAUGCAGGACGGUGA